AUGGCGACAUUGGUGCAGUGGACCGAUCUUCCUGAUGAUCUCCUCCACGUCGUCUACCUCAAGGUCGGCGGCUUGCUCCACCGCCUACGCUUCGCUGCGGUAUCUAGGUCAUGGCGAGCCGCUGCGAUCGCAUCGAAGCACGCCGUGCCGCCCACCCUGCCAUGGCUGCUCUUCUCCUCCUUGCACGGUGACGAUGGCAAGACAAUGCGCCUGUACUGCCCCGAGGACGGAGGGGUCCUGCACAUCCGGCCCAAAAACGAGGCGCUCAUCGGCAAGCGGCUAGUCGGAGCACACGACGGCGGCUGGGUCGCCGCGCUUGGGGAUGACAUGCAACUUGUGGUUGUGAACCUCUUCUCCGGUGUUGAGGUGCCGCUUCACGCAAAGAACAUGAGGAAGGUCUACACGGGCGCGAAGAUUGUCUUCUCGGAAUCCCCCAAGUCAAGUGAGUGCAUCCUCGCCACCAUCACCCCCCGAAGAAGCGUCGCCCUAUGCAAGAUUGGUUGUCGAGCCGACAGAUGGACGGCAAAAAUAUUUAGCGGGCCCAUGCUUGCGGACAUUAUAUUCUACAAUGGAAAACUCUAUGGCCUCACCCGCUCCUACAACCUGAUCAAAUUCAACAUAGGCUUGAACAAACACGGCAGACCGGUGGCCACCAUUGACGUCGAGCUGCAUAUCCGGAUUGGUUCCCAACCUUCUUUUGUAUGUCAUAAAGGCAUCGUUGAGCUGCAUGGCAGGCUCGCGUUGGUGUUGAGGAUAAAUCCAUCAUAUGGCACCAAGUGUGAGCCUUUCUUCAAGGUUUUCGUGCUUGCUGACGAAUCAAUGACAAAGUACACUCAUAAGUGGGAGCAGGUAACGAGCUUGGAUGACUGCGCCUUGUUUUUGGGGAAAAUGUCCAAGGCGGUUGACGUGCCAGCGGUUGGACGUGGCGGGGUGGAGAGAGGCCACAUUUAUGCAGAUGAUAUGACGUACUUGACAAGUUUGGAUGGCCAUGGUAGCUGUGUAUACCCUAUGCAAGACGAAAGUAUUUACAACGUCCCACGGAGGAUCAAAUCAGCAGGAUCUUAUGUAGCUGCCGGUGCUCCAACUGGCAUGUGGGUACUCCCUCCUGAUAUCUAG